GCGCAGUCGGUGACCGCGCGGCUCCGCGAUUGCUUGUGCGCAGCUCAGUGCCAGUGUGAUGCGAUCUGAUUGGACCACUUAGAUUUCAUUGAGGAGGACUCAACCUCGCGUCCUGUGAGUGAAUAUUAGUGCGGUCACGUGAUAUGGAGGCCAGAAGUGUGCAGUUCCUGCUGAUGGCAGCGAUUCUGUGCUGCCAAACAGAAUCGUCGCCGUUCCCUCAGAGAGUGCUCAAGGCGUUCACGUUGGAGGAGGUGGUGCCUCUCAGGGACUUCUAUCCUGACAGACUGUCAGUCCAAUGGAUUUCAGACUCAGAAUAUAUCCGCAGAGAGCCGGGUGUUGGGAUGUUAAAAUUCAACGCGCUGUCUCAAACUAUUACCACGAUUCUGACCGAGAGCGAAUUGUACAAUUUGAACGAAUACGUGCUGUCUUCAUUCUCUGAAAAUGGGAAGUUCGUACUUCUGGCCUCCAACAAAACGAAGGUAUAUCGUUAUUCGAGUAUUGCUGAUUAUUCGGUGUAUGACCUAGAAAAUAAAUCUAUCUACAAAAUAGGGCAAGGCCCGCUCCAAGUGGCGAUAUGGAGCAGCAAUGGUGGUUUAGCAUACGUGUACAACAACAAUGUGUUCUACCUGCCUGACGCGUCCAGUCCUGAAUCAGUCACUCAGCUCACCACGCAAGGGGUGCCUGGGGAAGUCUACUUUGGAGCCACCGAUUGGAUAUAUGAAGAGGAGGUGUUCAAUGCAGCAGAAGCGAUGUGGUUUUCGCCCAGCGGCACAUAUUUGGCAAUAGCGUCGUUCAACGAUACGUUCGUAGAGUCCGCAAUCUACCCCUACUAUGGUAACGCGUCGGACAUCAACAAUCAGUACCCUGAGCUGGUAGAGUUCAAGUAUCCGAAGGCAGGUCGCGUCAACCCUAAAGUCGGUCUUCGCGUCGUGAAACUGGACGACCCUACCAUAGAACCAUGGAUCAUACCAGCCCCAGUCGACGUCGUUGGCAUCGACCACAUCCUGGGCAGAGUGAACUGGGCAUCGGAUCAGAACCUGGUCGUGCUGUGGCUUAACCGCCGACAAAGUACUAGCAUCCUAGUCAAUUGCGAUUUGAAGCAGGACAAAUGCAGUAUGGUGAAUGAGCAUACAGAGCAUAAUGGGUGGGUUGACAUCACCCAGCCCUUCUUCGACAGAACUGGCACGAAAAUGGUUGAGAUCCAGCCGUUGUAUCAUGAAGAUCAAAGGUUUCCACACGCUGCUCGGUUUGAUUUUAAUACGCUUACGACUGAAGACUUGAGUCCUGGAAACUCGACUGUGACAGAGAUUUUGGGAUGGGAUCAAGAUACGGACACGGUUUACUACAUCGUGGCGCCUGGCAGUAUUCCGUGGCAGAGGCAGCUGUGGGCGACGACGCGUGGCGUGGUGCGGUGCAUAUCGUGCAAGGAGCCGUCAUGUCACUACACGUCCGCCAUGUUUUCUUUAGGGGGCAGUUUCGGUGUCGUCUCUUGCAGUUCAUCUAACGUACCGCCGAAGAUAUUUUUGUAUAUUUGCAAUGGUGACAGAUUCCUCCUGUUAAAAGACAAUGCUCAAUUGGCCCACAAGUUGAGCCAGUACAAAUUACCGUUGACGUUGUUCAACGUGCUGCCGUUAGGGGAAGACGUGACCUCUCAUGUCAAACUGCUUUUGCCAGCUGACAUGCAAAAGGAUGUGCAGUAUCCGAUGAUUCUGAGGGUAUACGCAGGUCCGGGGACUACGAGGGUUAAAGAUAACUAUGACUUAGAAUUCUACAACAUGUACUUAUCGUCGAACCGCAGCUUCAUAGUAGCGUCGAUCGACGUGAGAGGAUCGGGCGUUAUGGGAGUGGAGGCGAUGCAUGCGGUUAACACCGCGUUAGGCACCGUGGAGGUUACGGACACUUUAGCUGCUAUUAGGCGACUAGUGGACCUUUACCCCUUCAUCGACCCAAAGCGCAUCGGCGUAUGGGGCUGGAGCUACGGAGGGUUUGUGACCACGAUGAUGCUCAUCCAGGACGACCAGAAACUCCUGGCUUGCGGAGCGGCCGUCGCGCCUGUUACUUCGUGGCUGUAUUAUGACUCAAUCUACACAGAGCGGUAUAUGGAUAUUCCAAGGUCGAAUCCACUGGGCUACCAGCGGUCUGACGUCACCGCCAUGGCAGAGAAGUUGCGCGGGCGCCGCUUCUUGCUCGUCCACGGCACUGGGGACGAUAACGUGCACUACCAACAUAGUAUGCAGCUGGCGAAACAGCUGCAACACGCUGAUAUCGCUUUUGAGCAAAUGAGCUACACGGACGAAAAUCACUCGCUGUUGGGCGUCAGCCGACAUUUCUACCACACGUUGGACCACUUCUGGACGGAAUGUUUUCACCCGUAACCCCAGUAUUGUUAAAACGUUUAACCAGCAAGUGUUCGUGACGUAGACUAUUGUGAAACGACUCGAAAUGGACCUAUUGUAAAUUGAAACGAAUUAAUUAA